AUGUGGCGGCGCUCCAAGCCGCAGCUGCAGUCGUCCCUAGGCCAGUGGCUGCGGGUGCUGUGGCUGCCGCCGCUGGCCUUCCUCCCCGUGGGCCUGGUGCAAGGGGAGGAGGUGCCGGCGUUGUCAGCACCAUGUAAAGUUCUGAAGGAAAUGGAUAUAAUUAAGAGUUCUCAAUCAGUCUGUUACUGCUACAACCGACAUGCCCAGAUGGAAUGGAAAUACAUUUGGUCAACUAUCCAGGUGAAAAUUACCAGCUCAGACAUGCUCAGCAUUGUCUUUCCCAUGGAAGAACGUGAUUGUCAGUAUCCAGAAACUAUCCUCACUUUUAUCAAGUGUACAAUUCAUACAUUUUGGAAACCAAAGGAAUCUAAUGAUAUAACCAUUAAUGUUAAUCCAUAUGAGAAGUCCGUGUGUUUCUACGUGAAGUCCGCCAAAAAGACAUUUGCCUAUACAUUGAGGGUGAAUCGAAAUAUUGUGGAUACAAAGCUCUUUCUUGUAUUUGUGACAGGGAUAGUCCUGUUCUUUAAAGCAAAGACCUUGAGUAGGAGUACUGUUUUCUAUUAUUCUGCUGGAACCGUGCUGGGCAUUCUUAUGACCUUAGUCUUUUUCCUGCUGUUAAUGAGAAGAUACAUUCCCAAGUAUAGCACCUUUGGGGCCCUCAUGGUUGGUUGUUGGUUUACUUCGUUUUACUUCGUAUGCCAGUUAAUGGAAGAAAUAAAGUGGCUCUGGUAUGAAAACAAAACGUAUAUAUUAGGCUACAUUCUGACCACGGGAUCCAUCAGCUUUGCUGCCUGUUACAGACACGGGCCUCUCGUCAAGGAAGGAAGCAUAAAUCUCUUGACGUGGACAUUGCGGCUUUUAUCCCUGGUCAUGAUUUACUUUGGUGUCACCACAGCCCAGGUUGCCUACGCAGUGAUGGUUCUCCUGAUUUCUUCUCAGGGUCUGCAAUAUCCAUUCAGAGCUUUCAGCUGUGUGGUCAGAAAAAUCAAGGAAUAUUAUGAAUCAAAAAAGCUGGUGAUUAAGCACAUUACUGAAGAAGAAUAUAGGGAGCAAGCAGAAAUCGAGACGACCAAAGCGUUGCAGAGGUUGCGUGAGUUUUGCCAGAGCACAGACUUCCCAUCGUGGUUAACUGUAUCCAGACUCCAGUCCCCGAAAAAGUUUGCAGAAUUUGUUUUGGGAGCGAGUCACCUGUCACCAGAAGAAAUCAGAGCCCAUGAAGAGCAGUAUGGCAUCGGAGGCUGGUUCUUGGAAGAGCAGCUCUUUAGCUCUAGAGGUUCCCCAGAGCCCAAUUCACAAGACCUUCAGGAAGAGGAAGUUGUUGAAAUGCAGGGGGUGUGUCAAAGGGAGGAGGAACUAUCAUAGGGAAACCAAGGCCACAGCAAUUUCCCUGGAACACAGAUGGGUCCCAAGGGAAAGGGAAAUUAGACAUUAUAAAUAUCUUUUGUGCCUGGAAGUCAUCCUUGCUGGCAAGUUCUGCUGCCUAUUGUGCUGUAGGUGGCAACCAAGAUUCUUUGAAAGAUUCCUUCUGAGUUUCCUAGAAUGGAAAGUCUUCCUGGGAACAAUGGGAGGCUUUCUUUCUGUUCCAUGAAGAGGUGCCUUAUCAUUGUUGCAUUAAAUCUUCCUCUCGCUCUUCACCAAAAAAAAAAAAA